AGCAAUAUAAGCCUGGACCAGGCUCAGACCAGGCACAGCACAACCGUCCUGUUGACUCUGACCUGCUGCAGCUUGACUGUUGUGUUGAUUUGUCGUCUUUUGAGGUUUCAACAUGGAGCUUGGACUUCUUCUGAGGGUUUCUGGGAUUUGUUUCCUGCUCUUUGGCGACGUUGUUUGUUACCCUGCGAUGAAAAGUGGUCAAAUGAGUCCUUAUACAGCUACCAGCGGUCUUCAAGACAGACCUGCCCAUGGAGCAUCUCACUUUGCUUCAGGCUCUGCAGACCCUGCUGGACACGGGGCUACAACCUUUAGCAUGGACGGACCGGUUCCAUACGCUGGUCCUGUCGCAUAUGCUGCUCCUGCUGCCGACUUGGGUGACGCUUCUGUCCCAUAUCCUUACGGAAGCCCAGGUCUUCAUUGGGACGAGCAGCCUGCAGGGGGAGCUGAUGCUUCAUUCUCUGACCCAAGUAACUGGAUGCCGUCCCGAGCUUUCCCAGACUUCAACGCCUGGGACUCCGACAGUGCGAUGCCAUAUGGUGGGAUGCAGCAGGGUCCCAGUGAGACCUCCCCUCUGCUGCCUUCAUCCUACAUCAUCCAGUCCAGUAAUGGCUACCAGCGAGCAAGAGAAGUCCUCUCCCACACUAAAUACUCCCCUGAGUACCCUGCACCACCAGUCAUGCCCUUCAGGGCACCUGAACCACCACGCAAGUCUCCAAUGACCGGAUCCAAAGGAGGACAGAAGGUCUAACGGUUUUAUGGAUCAGCCUCAGCCCUCCUGAAACCUCAAACAUGCAGAUGAACACAAUCAUUAAACUUAAAAUGUGA